AUGCCCUGUGUACCAGGAAAGUGUUAUGGACAGCCAGGACCGGUGGGUCUGUAUGACCCUACAUAUGAAAGUGAUGCCUGUGGGGUAGGAUAUGUGGUCAAUAUUGACGGAAUUCCAUCACAUAGGGUAUUAAGAGAUGCUCAGACAAUGUUGAUACGCAUGGAACAUCGUGGAGCAUGUGGUUGUGAUAAUAACAGUGGUGAUGGAGCUGGUGUACUGACUGCUAUACCUCAUAAGAUGUAUAAAAACAAGAUGAAGAGUGAAGGAGUAGAACUACCUGAUCCGGGUCUGUAUGCUACUGGUAUUAUUUUUACCAAUCCUGAAGAUCUUGAGAAGGCUCAACAACUUUUUACUGAUUUUGGGAAGAAAGUUGGUGUAGAGGUUAUCACCUGGAGAAAUGUGCCAGUUUGUAAUGAAAAGAUUGGAUCUGUGGCUAAAACAUCAGAACCAGCCAUAAGACAGGUAUUUGUCAAAGGUUCCAAGGAUGGUGAGGAAUUCAAAAGACAGGUUUAUAUGUUGAGAAAAUAUUCCUGUCACCAUAUACCUAAAGAAACUUCCAGAUUUUAUGUUUGUAGUUUGAGUACAGAGACCAUUGUCUACAAGGGAUUGUUGACUACAAGCCAGCUAUGGGAAUACUUCUCUGAUUUACAUGAUCCUGAAUUUGAGACUCAUAUUGCUUUGAUCCACAGUCGUUUUUCUACCAAUACAUUUCCCUCCUGGGAGAGAGCUCAUCCUCAAAGAGUUCUAGCCCAUAAUGGUGAGAUUAACACUCUACGAGGAAACUGUAACUUGAUGAAAGCUAGAGAGGGAGUCAUGAAAAAUGAUGUAUUUAAAGAUAAACUCAGCAUGUUGUAUCCAGUAGUUGAAGAGGGUAUGUCAGAUUCUGGCUGUGUGGACAAUGUAUUAGAGUUUCUCUGUAUGACUGGUGGUCGAAGUCUACCUGAGGCUGUGAUGACAAUGGUUCCUGAAGCUUGGCAGAAUGAUAAAUAUAUGCCUGCUGAGAAGGAAGCAUUCUACAGAUGGAGUGCUUUUGGUAUGGAACCAUGGGAUGGACCAGCAUUGUUAACAUUCACUGAUGGUAGAUAUAUUGGAGCUAUAUUAGAUAGGAAUGGUUUAAGACCAUCCAGAUAUUAUGUAACUAAAGAUAAUUUUAUGUACAUGUCUAGUGAAGUAGGUGUCACUGAUAGAAAACCAGAAGAAGUCAUCCAAAAGGGUCGCUUGAAACCUGGUAGAAUGUUAUUGGUUGAUACUAAAUUAAAAACCUUCUUGCCUGAUGAACAGUUGAAGAAAGAAAUAGCUAAUUUAAGACCUGUUGGUAAAUGGCUCUCUGAGACAAUAUCCAUGGCUGAAUUACGAGGUGCCCAUGAUCCUAAAUUAACCCUGAAACAUGAGAUCAAGUAUCAAGAUUUUGGUCAUGGUGGUUGUGUAGAAGAAGAUCCUAGGCUACCUUUGUUUGGAUAUACUAUUGAAGCUCUCAAUCUUCUAGUUCUUCCUAUGAUAAGAGACAAAAAAGAAGCUUUAGGAUCUAUGGGUAAUGAUGCACCACUAGCUUGUCUAUCACAGUUUAAUCCACUAGUAUUUGACUAUUUUAAACAAUUAUUUGCUCAAGUUACCAAUCCACCAAUUGAUCCCUUCCGAGAGAAAAUUGUCAUGUCUUUGGCCUGUCCGGUUGGUCCAGAACAUAAUAUAUUAGAACCAAGUGCUGAACAGUGUCGUAGAUUAUGGUUAGAACAACCAAUAUUGUCAUUAUGGGAUAUGGAAGUCUUAAAACAUACAACUCAUAAAGGCUGGAAGACUAAAGUAUUGGAUAUGACAUACCCGACUAAAGAUGGACAAGCAGGACUAUUACCAGCUUUAAAACAACUCUGCCAACAAGCAGCUGAUGCAGCUGAAGACAAUAAGCUGAUUAUAUUAUCUGAUAGAAAUGCUGGACCAGACAAUAUUCCAAUCAGUUCUCUGUUGGCUGUUGGAGCAGUACAUCACUAUUUGAUCAAUGAAAAACUGAGAAUGAAAGUUGGUUUGGUUGUUGAAACUGGAGAGGCAAGAGAGGUUCAUCACUUCUGCACCUUGCUGGGUUAUGGUGUGGAUGCUAUAUGUCCAUAUUUGGUAUUUGAGACAAUCAAGCAUCUGCGUGAACAGAAACUAUUAGAUCCACCACUAGCAGAUGAAGAAAUCUAUAUGAAUUAUCGCGCAGCAUGUGCUAGAGGAAUAUCUAAAGUUAUGGCUAAGAUGGGAAUCUCCACUCUCCACAGUUAUAAGGGAGCCCAGAUAUUUGAAGCUUUAGGUUUAUCUCAAGAAGUUAUAGAGCUAUGUUUUGAAGGUACAGCUUCUAGAAUUGGUGGAGUUGAUUUUAAAGUUCUCUCUCAAGAGGCCAUCAAUCGUCAUGACGUAGCCUAUUGUGAACGUAAGGGAGAUAAUAUAUUAGUCAUGAAUCCAGGACAAUAUCAUUGGAGAGAUGGUGGUGAAAAACAUAUCAAUGAUCCUAUGUCUAUAGCUAACUUACAGGAAGCAGCUAAAACCAAUUCUAAGGAUGCCUAUGGACGAUUUAGUGAAUCAGCUUGGGAGAGCACUAAGAAAUGCUCAUUACGUGGUCAGCUGGAGUUUAUAGAUGCAGAUAAAGCUAUUGAUAUCUCAGAAGUUGAAGAUGCUAAAUUUAUUGUUAGAAGAUUCUGUACAGGAGCCAUGAGUUUUGGAAGUAUAUCUUAUGAAGCUCAUUCAACAUUAGCUAUUGCUAUGAACCGAGCUGGUGGUAAAUCUAAUACUGGUGAAGGUGGUGAGGAUUCAGAACGUUAUCUUAAUGAAGAUCCCCAAUUCAAUGCUCGCUCUAAAAUCAAGCAGGUUGCCUCAGGAAGAUUUGGUGUGACCAGUUCCUAUCUAACACAUGCUGAUGAAUUACAAAUUAAAAUGGCCCAAGGUGCUAAACCAGGAGAAGGAGGUGAACUACCAGGUUAUAAGGUAACAAAAGGUAUAGCUAAGACAAGACAUUCAAUUCCUGGUGUAGGUUUAAUCAGUCCACCUCCUCAUCAUGAUAUUUACUCCAUAGAAGACCUGGCUGAGUUAAUCUAUGAUCUAAAAGCUGCUAACCCUGAAGCUAGAAUCAGUGUUAAACUGGUAUCAGAGAUGGGUGUUGGUAUUGUAGCCUCUGGUGUAGCUAAGGGUAAAGCAGAACAUAUCACAAUUUCUGGACAUGAUGGAGGAACUGGUGCCAGUAGUUGGACUGGUAUUAAAAAUGCUGGGUUACCAUGGGAACUUGGUAUCUCAGAGACACAUCAAACUUUGGUCUUAAAUAACUUACGAUCGAGAGUUGUCUUACAAGCUGAUGGCCAGAUUAGAUCAGGUAGGUCAACUAUCCUGUUUUGA